CUGCAGAGCGGGCGGUGGAAGGGUGCUUCGAGGAUAUUGCGGGUUCUCCUUCUGCUGAGUACCUCAGAGAACAGUGUUACGUGUACUACGUGUAUAUUUGUUCGUCUUUUUUGAACAAUAAUUCAAAAAGCGUUCUCGUGUUCGACAGCACGUCCAUGGCCAUUGCUUUGUUCCAUCUUGAAUGCUUUCGAGACAUCUUCUCUGCUCUCAUCUUUACGUCGAUCUCAGCUUUGAAGCCAUCUCCGGAUUGUCGCCAUGGAAGGGGAAGGCCGUUUCUGCCUCACUCGUUCGGGUUCGGGCUGGGCAGUUCACUCAGGGAACUGCGCUGAUCGUAGGAGUCCGGUAGCGGUCGGGCCCGAACGGAACGGAGCUGCUCAGGAAUCGGCGUGCGUAGGGGGUGGUGGGAUUCGGUGGCCGAGGUCCGGCUAUGGAGGAGGAGGAGGAGGAGGUGGAGGCGAAGCUCAGCUCGGCCUUGGAGUGGAGAUGGCGGCGAUCGGAAUAUCGCACGGCCCGUUCGUCGUACAGGUCGUCGGCGAAAUGCAGUCUCGGACAAAGGUGUACACGAUUGCUUGGUUUUGCUUUGUUGGAUCCCCCUUUUGCCGGAUAACGUGGCCAGGUGCACGACGUAUCACUGUAUCAUCGCCAAAUUCGCCACAGAUACCUCGGGAACACCUGUACAUGCGGAUGACUUUGGUCGUCGAUCUGUCUCGUAUUAUGAGCUACAUAGUCGUUGAUCUGUCCCGUGUUGUGAGCCAUCUAAAUAACAAUUUGGGGGAACUGGACGGCUGCGCUGACCAGGGACUCCAUGGGCCACGUCAGCUACGUCCCGAUCGGGAUCAAGCCGAUCUCCGAUUUCAGGACCAGGUUCAAAGUUGUAGACAUUCUAGCGACUUGCCUUCUCCGAGGCACGUACUAUACCUUUUAUUCAAGUGUGGUUCGUUUUCCGACCACCUGAGGUGCGGCCGCGUUCUACGGAGCACAAUCCAGCAUCAGAGAGGGACCCAGUUAGCUCCAACUGGGUAUCCUGUUCCCCCUCUCGCUCAGCUUCAGCUUUUUUCCGGCCCUUGGCCUCCUCGUCGUCCUCUCCCUCAGCUCUCUAGCCCUUCGUCUCCUCCUCUUCCUCUCCCUCUCCCUCGGCUUCCUGGCCCCUCUUCUCCUCAACCCCCCCCGCCCCUUUGUUUCGAGAAUCAAGAACUACCAAUUGCAAUAGGUCAAGAAGAAGAAGAAGAAGGCCCCGUUGGCUUUGCCAGCGGAUCACCGACGAGAGAGCUUUCGAUGUUCGACACGUGCCACUCGCUAGAGCCGCAGUCGAUUCCAGGCAUUGAUGACACUGCUGCUCUGACGACGCUCGGACGAAGGAAUGCUCCCUGGGCUAGCGCUUUUACAGAAUUUCAUAAGGAUAACGUUACGGUAGAAGAAUCGCAUGCCAGCGUACAAGAUGGUGGUGAUACAAAAGACGACGGUGGCGAUACGGAAGACAGUACGAGUACUGAUAGCAGUAGUAAUCGUAAUCACAGGGACAGUAAUGAUGAUGAUAGUCCUGGCGACGAUUAUAGGAUUCCAUAUUAUGAGAAUGGGGAGGCAAGAAGCCUGCUGUACAUGGAAAUUCCCGACGUGGCGGAGCCUGAGCGGUCGUAUGAUGACGAGCAUGCGUAUGAUGGCGGCGAGAGUAUCAGCCGUAAUUAUGGUACUAAUACCGAGGGAAGAGUCAGUGGUGAAUCAGAUUCGAGCGGCAAUUCCAUGUUUGGAGUGAGGAACUGGGCCGGGGGAAUCUGGAGUAUGCGCCAAGUGUCGAAGUCCAAGGUCUUCCAGGUGGUAGUGACAGAUCAUCUGAGGAAGGUCGGGACCGGGACCCUGAUGCUCAUUAGGAAGUGGUCGGUGCUCAUCUUCGUGACUCAUCGCCUAGGCGCCGGGUCAAUCUCGCUCCUGCGCGCCGUCUUCCUCCCUGCUGAUGGUGGGGACCACGCGUCGAGCGCAGAAGCGGGGGGAGCCGUGGCGGAGAAGCUCCAAGAACUCGGUGGCAGCGCGGCUACCCGGUCAGUCUUCGAACGCCUGAUGACGUUCGAUCCGAUGCCGCCGCCGGUGUCGGGACUGAGCGACGUCUAUUAUUGGACAAUGGCUGCCGGGCGUUUGGCAGAGUCCUGCAAGGCGGGAUCUCGACUGAAGGCCGUUGCGUCGAAGAUUGCCCGGCGAGUGGUCUGCUUGAGCGGCGUCGGCGCCGCCGCCGCCGGCGGGGGCGCAUCGCCUUCGUCGGCGUAUCAUCUUUUCGCUCCACCGACCAGUUCAGCAGACCUGAAUAGGGAGAAAAUAUUCUCGUUGGUUGUCAAGAGAGGCCUCCGCACAGGCACCCUUCCGUGGUGGCUUUUGCGCGAGGGGGACACUGUGCGCGUGACCGCCAUGACGGUGGUGCCCGGCGAUGGCGUUCUGAUCUCUGGGCGGGUCCGUGUGGGGACGUACGAGAAACGGGAGGGGAGAUUCAACAGAUCGACCACCGUGGACGCUGACCAGAACAUCAAGUUUCCAGUCUCUGCGAGCAGCUUGAUUUGGGAGGGAGAGGGGGAGGUGCUGGUGAAAAAUCCCGCUCCGCGCGACAGUCUCUUCCAUCCGUUCGAUUGCGCCACGUGGCCGAAAGGCAGAGACCUUAUCCAAUCGAUAUUGGAUGACGUGGAGGCGGAGGUGCACGGCUGGGCUUUGCUGGCCACCACUGUCGUGUCUCUUCUGUUCCUGUUCUUCGGUCUGAUGACAGCCUCCGGGUUGGUCCUCAGGAUCGUGAGAGGGAUGGCAGGGACGUGUUCGUUGUUCUUUUUCUCCUCCUCCUCCGCGACAUCGUCCUCCUCCUCGGCGGCGGCUGCCGCUGCCUCCUCCGCAUCCCUCUUGUCCUCCUUAUCCUCAUCCUUCAGAUCGGGAUUGGGAUCGGGAGUCGGUUUUGCGGGGAGGGUGCUUGCCGGCGGCGGUGUGAGGAGGCUGCUGAGCGCGGCACGGCUAGGCCGCAAGUUGCUGAACGUCGGCCUCCUCCCGCUCUGGGCCAGCGCUCCGUCGCUGGCGAAGGCGACGGCGAACGCGGCGCAGCUCGUCCGCAGGUUGUUGGACGUCGGCCUCGUCCCGAUCUCGGCCGUCACUCCAUCACUAGUGAGCGCGAUCGUAGCCGUCGGAUACUCCGACCUCCUACGACACCUGGCGGCUGUUAAUGUCGGUCUGGGGGUGUCCGAGCGUCCCGACAGCUGCAGUAGGCUACCGUCCGUCUCGACCAUGUUUAUCAAUCUCUCGGAGGGGUUGACACGUGGGGAGAUGAGGGUGGUCGGAAUCACGAUCGGCGGUCUCUCGCUGGACGUCGAUCCCGAGGGAGUCUUAGCUUCGCCAGCUUCGCCAGCUUCGCCAGCAUCGCCAGCUUCGCCAGCAUCGCCAUCGCCAUCGCCAUCGCCAUCGCCAUCGCCAUCGCCGCCAUCGACAUCGCCAUCGCCAGUUCUGCUGCGAGACGAGGUGAGCGAUGGCGUGAUGGAUCUUCUGUUCGAGGGCGUGUUUCAGAAUACGAUGGGAGACGUCAUGGAGAACAAGGGCAAGGUGGAACCGAUCGCGGUCCCGAUCGAGCAGGCGUUGCUGCGUUUCGCGCUCGAUUUGGGCGGGUCGUUUGUGCAGACGAGGAAGAAGCACGGCGUCGUGCAGAUCGAACCCUUUUGUCAUAUCCGGAAAUGGAUGAUGAUUGCAAUCCGCAAGGCGCCGAGCGUUAUCCGUGUCAUUGUGAAGGGUGAUUUCUGGAAAGUGUUGCCGUUGUGCAGCCGCUACAUAACUCCGAGCGGUAAAAUUCGUCCCCUGGAGGAAGAGGAAUCAUCAUCCUCCUCAUCAUCCUCGUCAUCCUCAUCAUCCUCAUCAUCAUCUAGUACGACUUUUCGCGCCAAAAUCGAAAGACUUGCUCAGUCGGCGAGCGAGAAGGGCCAUAGACUCGUUCUCUUCGCUUUCCGCGAUGUUUCCAAGGAAAAUUCUCCCCACCUUUUUGAUAGAGACGGCAACUGGAUUGGCGAGUCGAAGCUGCCGUGUGACGAGUUUGUCGUCCUGGCUUUGUUUGCCGUGGACGAGCCUCUUCGCCCAGGAGUGGAGGAAGAGAUCCGCAGUCUGCACCGACUGGGCAUUCGGCCUAUCAUCCUGACGGGAGGCAACAAAGCGAUGGCGACAGCUCUCGGUGUUCGAUCGGGGGUUCUUCGGAGAGAGAGAGGGGAGGGAGGGGAGGGAGGCGGCGGCAGGGGGGGGGGGGAUUUAUGCAUGACGGGCGAGGAGCUGUACCAAUUACAAGAUUGCGGUCGGCUGAUCGACGAAGUCUUGCCGCGGCUGGCCGUGCUCGCCGAGGCGACAGUGCCGCACAGGUACUUCGUCAUGGAGCUGUUCCAGCGGAACGUGGGGGCCAUCGCCGUGGCCGGGGAUCCGGAUCGCGACCUGCUGGCGCUCGAGAGAGCGGACGUCGCCAUCUCCUGCGGAGGGCCGUGCUCGCCUCUGCUGCGGCAGAUGAUCGAUCUGUGCGUUCUGAACCCGAGCGACGGGUUGGGAGGAGUGAUCCGCGCUCUGGCUUUGGGCCGAGCGCUCCUUGAAAACCUCAGGCGGAUGAGUGAAUCCCGGAAGCGGAUGAUUUACACCGGCUUGAGCAUGUGUGUAUUGAGUAUGGCAUCGACUGGCAAAAUGGUACUGACGCCGCCGCAGCUGAUCUUCGGCCAGAUGGCGUUUGCCCUGCUAGCGUCGGUGACUUUCGGACUCUUUGCGCCAGGAACAACACCAACAAGAGCAGCGGAUCAUCGUCGUCAGCAUCGUCGUUAUUAUCAUCUUGACAAUCGUCGUUAUGAUCAACAUGAUGAUGACGAGGAUGAGGAUGAGGAUGAGGAUGACCAUCGAUAUGAUGAAGGGCAUAAUGAUGAACAGGACCAGGAAGAUGGCGAUGACAGAGAGAAGAUGGAGGCGUCGUACAGCAGCACCACUGAAGGAGGAGGAGGAGGAGGAACAGCAGAAGGGGGAGCAGCUGAUCAUCAGCAUAGACAGCAUCAUGAUGAGAGAGACAAGGAGGUGGAGGAGGAGGAGGAGGGCAGCAACGCAGCCAUCCCAGAGACACGACAUGCGGGAGCAAUGGUAAUUACCUCCGGGAUUUCGGUUAUCGAUCUUCCCAAGGAACGUCGUUGUCCUGGCAGCCGCGCUGACGAUGAGAGAGACGAGAGAGAAGAGCAGGCGGAGUACUCUUCUUCUUCUUCUUCCGAGCCUGCUGGUGGCAGAGAGUCUGCUGCCGCUCGCAACAAGCGGGGCCGGGUUUUGACGUCCGUGCACAUUCUGUUUCUGUUUCUGGUCCUGUUUUGGGGCAGAAGCGUUUCUCGAUGGAGUGGUGGUGCCUUCCCCGUGGAUGGUGGCCUGUUGCGCGCAGUGGAUUACGAUUACGGGACCGAGAAUGAUGGGCUUGUGUUCGCGUGUUUCCUCAUUCUGCAAUGGAUAGAGUUGUUCCUUGCGAGGCAAAGGAAGGACGCUCGCUUCUGGUGCCUGUGGGCGUGCGCGACUGUCGUAGUCUUGUGGCCCGCCCUGUCCUUCGGAAAGGUCAUGCUUGGGUUACGCAGUGUAUCUGGACUCGAUUGGAUCUUCUGUUCAGCCUUAUCCGGUCUUGUGUCGGCCAUCGGUCACUGGAUGGAGUGCGCAAAGGAUGACGAGAAGAAGAAGCAGAAAACGCAGAAGCAGAAGCAGAAGCAGCAGCAGCAGCAGGAGGAGGAGAAUAGCUGGAGGAUGAUUGUGUACCGUGCAUUUGAGCUUUUGUAUCGUCCGUUUGAGCGCAGUUGACAUGGGGUUUGGCACGUGUGCAAAGCGCGCGUACUUGUUUUUCGCAGUCUUCAUCUUGAUCUCCUGGGAGAAUUGAUUAUAACGUAUAAGAAUGCUAUUAUAUGUUAUAAAAUAAAUUCCUUUUAGAGAGAGAGAGAGAGGAGGUCGGGAGAGCAGCGGCCUAAGUUCCUGAGGCCGGGAAAGGCGAGCGAACUCCACCUGGGCAAGGUGGAACCGAGCGCGAAUGUUGCGCAUGCGUGGUCUCCGGGGACAAUUCUCUUCACUGCUCGGCUCAAAGGACGUUUCGAGGAGUUUUUGUUGGAUGAGGACGUCGGUUCGAUUCCCGGAAUCGGCGAGAAAUGGGCGGGCAAGCUCCCUCUAAAAUUCGCCGCAGUGAUCGAUUUGGUGUUUGCGAGGUUUGAUGGCUGAUCUGCACCAACUCCCCACCCUUUCCUCUCCUCUUCUCUUGGAGAUGGACUACUGACGUUCAAAGUUGUGUCCGACGAGAAGACAAAGAACUGAUGGAAUGGAAUGAGGAGGCAUGGAAAGGGGAGGAGCAUGAAUCGCGACGGUAAGCAAGGCAAGGCAGCGGCGCAAGCGUAGCAAGGGAAAGAGAGAAAGAGAGAAAGAGAGAAAGAGAGAAAGAGAGGGGAGGGAGGCCAUUGUUGUUGUUGUUGUUGUUGUUGUUCCGUUGUGCUGCCUGUACGACGGAAGAGAGCCGUGGGCGGCGAGAAAUGGGCGGGAAAACCGGCACGUGAAGAAAUGGGCGGUAAAACCGGCACGUGAAGAAAGAGGCCGUGGAAAACCGGCGCGUGAAGAAAGAGGCCGUUGCGCAGUCGACCGUGACUGCAGAAAAGGGAGAAAAGAUACGCGAGACGACGAAGAUGGCCAUGGGUGGGCGGCGGCAAACAGAGCACGCAAUAGACCAGAGUCCCAGGGAUGGAAGUCGGCGAACAGAGCACGCAACUGACAGGAGUCGCAGGUCCCGGGGAGGAGCAUGAACCGGCACGUGAAGUAAAGGCAGCGGCGCAACCUUGAGAGCUGAGAAGGGAGAACAGAUACGUCAUAGCGUGUAUGAUGGUACUUGACAUCAGCGUCAGAGGGAGAAGGUACAAGGUGGAACUGGGAAAAGAGGGUCCCAAUAGACCAGAGUCCCAUAUAGAGCAGAGGCGGUCCGGGAGGUGUUCCUGAAGGGUUCGGCAAAGCGGGGUUGCGAAGAGAGGGUUUGGGAAAGGGGUUUGGGAAAGGGGUUUUGGGAAGGGUCCGGGGGUGCGCACGCUUAUUGUUCAUUUCUGGCCGGCGAUCGUCGUAGUCUAUUACGGUCGGAAAUGGAGAACUUGGGUUAGUGGGACUUGGUCCCGGGAAAGGCUUGGUCCCGGGAAGACUUGGUCCGUGGAAAGACUUGGUCCCGGAGAAGACCUGGUCCCGGGAAAAAGACAUGGGCCCGGGAAAGACUUGGUCGGUCCCGGGAAGACUUGGUCCUGGGAAAGACUUGGUUGGUCCCGGAGAAGAGUUGGUCCCGGGAAAAAGACUUGGGCCCGGGAAAGACUUGGUCCCGGGAAGACUUGGUCCUGCGAAAGACUUGGUCCCGGGAAAAAGAUUUGGGCCCGGGAAAACGACUUGGGCCCGGGAAGGGUUCGGGAAAGAGGGUCAGGGAAAGGGGGUAGGAGGGGAGAGGACGGGAAAGGAAGAGGAGUGGGGGAGCAGAGAUUUGCCAGAGGGCCGGGGAUUGACAGAGCAGAGAAGAGAGCGGGGCUACUGUAGGAAGGAUGUGAGAUGGAAAAGGAUAUGAGGGUGUGGUAUCAUGACUGGCGGGGGAUCGAGUGGAGCCAUCCUCACGCUUGGAUUUUCUUUAACAAACCUACUGGUAGCUGGGAUUCGUUCACAGCAGUCCCAAGUGUGAACAUACUCUUCUUAGCGAUCCAGAGUGUCCUUGCAACCUUGCUUCAGUAAGUAAGUCUGGCUUGUCACCUACCUACCUGUCGUGACAGAGCUGUACUAUGCACUAAGUCGUGACAGAGCUGUACAGUGCAUAGUGCAGGGUGGGGGUAAUGGAGCGAGGUUGCUGGAGAAGCAAAAGCAGUUUCAGCUUCGAAGUCGCGAACAAGUCGAACAGUAUUUGAGCGGAAGAACGGGGGGAAGCCAGCGUCCUUGGUACGGAAUACAUUGGAACUUGUUUAUCUCUGAGCAUAUAUAGAGCUCAGCACCUGGUCCAGCGUCCUGUCCAAGGGAAGGAGUGGAAGGAGGGGAGCCAGAGGUCCAUUCUGAUAGCAUGUCAGAUUAUUACUUAAUGAAUUGCACCCAGAGAG